CUCAGCCACCUCGCCUGCUCACGCCCAGCACCCGCGCCAUGCCGUCGCCGCCGCCCGCGCCGCCGCCGCGCGUGCCCUCGCCUCCACGCGCAGCCGCGCUGCACACGCCCUCGCCGCCGCGCGCGCCCUCCUCGCCCACGCCGCCGCCGCCGCCGCCGCCGCCGCCCGAGCUGGCGCGCGGGUGUCCGCAUCGCUCCGCACUCACGCCCCUGCUGCCACGCAUCCGCGACGCGCUGCGCUGGGGCCGCCGCGUGCGCCGCGGCGACGUGCGCCGCGACGCCGCGCUGCGCCGCGACAGCGACAGCGACGAGAGCGACGACGAGGGCGUGCAGCUGCCGCAGCCCGAGUGCGGCGCAUGCCUGCGCACCCUCGCGCGCCCGUACCUCUGUCUCGACUGCGCCUUUCCGGCGUGCCACCUGGCCGCCGGCUCGGCGCACGCCUCGUCGUCCUCGUCGUGCAUGCAGACGCACCUCGCCCGCAGCGGACACACGUUUGCGCUCGACAUCCUCGGCGGCAGCCUGCACUGCGGCGCAUGCAACGACGCCGUGCUCGACGCCGACGUGCGCCAGCUGCGCCGCUUCGAGGGCGCGCGCGCUCGGCGCACCGCCCACGGGCCGCGGCGGCGCAGGGUGCCGCACAAGAGUGUGGCGCCGGAGCAUGAGCAGACGCUCGAGCCCCUGCCCUGCCGCCCGCCGCGCGGCUUCCUCAACCUGGGCGCCACAUGCUUCCUCAACGUCAUCCUGCAGACGUUCAUGCAUAACCCGCUGCUGCGCAACUUCUUCCUCGCCGACCGGCACAACCCUGCCUUUUGCCUCUACCCCGAGGCCUGUCUUGCCUGCGAGCUCGACCGCGUCUUUGGCGAGUUCUACGGCAGCGCGAUUCCUGCACCGCCAGUCUCGCCGACGUCCUUCCUGUUCGUCCUCUACCUGACCCGCAGCAACGGCGGCAGCGGCACGCAUCCCGGCGGCGGCGCGAGCAAUCCCGACGAGCUGGGCACGCCGGGCGAGCACGAUGCGCACGAGCUCUUCCUCUCUGCGCUCGCCUCGCUGCACUCGUGCCUCACGCAGACGGGCGGCGGCAAGGAGGCGCGCCCGCUCGUGCCGAGCUUUCCGUACGCCUCGACGCCGGGCGGCGACGGUGCGCGCGAGGACUCGCCGGAUCCGCUGCUGCUCGCGGCCGCGCCGGCGCCGAACAGCGACCUGACGUGUGCGUGCGUGGUGCACCGCGCCUUCUCCGGCGUCAUGCAGAGCGACGUGACGUGCCGCAAGUGCCAUGCGCGCUCCUCGACGCUCGACCCCAUGCUCGACAUUUCGCUCGACAUUCGCACGCAGCGCCAGCGCACCGCGUCGGCCACGUCGCUGGCGCUGCCCGACGGCGGCGAGGGCGCAGAGGGCAAGAAGAAGAAGAAGGGCGCCGGCCACGCCAGUCCCGCGCCGUCUGGCACCGCCGGCACGCCCGCGACGCAGGCGGGCGAGGAGCAGAGCUUGUAUCGCUGUCUCGAGCGCUACUGCGCCGUCGAGAAGCUCGGCCGUGAGGACUACACGUGCAGCGCGUGCGGUUUCGCAGGGCAGGGCCAGAAGCAGCUCUCGCUGCGCAGACUGCCGCCGGUGCUGUGCAUCCAGCUCAAGCGCUUCGAGCACAAUGCCAUCGGCUCGAAGCUCGAGACACGCGUGCGCUUCCCCAGCACGCUCGAUCUGCGGCCCUUCUGCACGGGCGCCGUGCUUUCGUCGACGUCGAGCGAGGCGCUGCUCGAUCCGGAUCCCCAGGCAUACUCGUACGAACUGCUCGCCGUCGUCGUGCACGAGGGCAAGAACCUCAACACGGGCUGGUACAAGGCAAACGACACGCGCGUGACGCGCGUGGCGCUCGCAGACGUGCUCAACGCCACGGCCUACCAGCUCGUGUACAUGCGCCAGGCGCUCUGCAACGUGCCGCACGACGAGGAGGCGCCGUGCAUGCGUGGUGCGAAUGGCGCAUGAGCACAAUGGCACGGGCAUGACAGCCACGCGUGCGGGGCUGAGCGUCGAGCAUGGUGCCAUUACCACCGCGUCACAUCCUCGACCUCGCCAAAGACGCUCUCCUUGACCUCCUCCUUGCCCCAGCUGCCCCACUCGUCGCUGCCGGCGCCCUUGCCGUGCCACAGAUCGCGGCCGCGCUGGUCCUCGCGCAGUUCCUGCUGCAGGAAGC